UCUGUAACUAAACCCCAUCUUCACCCCCAUGUUUUCUCGUCCGGAAGCUCCACUGAUGCCGUCGGCAACUCGUCGGUCCUCCUCCGCCUCUGCUGCCGCCGCCACCAACCCCUAUUUCCCUUUCUUCAACCCAAACAUGGAGCUUGCAGACUUCAAUCCCAAACCCCCCGUAAAACCUACUUUAGGUGAGCUUCUAAAGCAAGUUGAAGACGCACAAUCCCCAAUUUCCUCACAUUCUCACAAUAGCCAUCUUCUUGAUAUUGGUUUUCCUUACAAUUCACUGCCGCCAAGCUCAUCCCCUUUUGUUCUUUCCUUUCACAAUCUCACCUACAGCGUCAAAGUCCGCACAAAAAUAAGUUUUUUCCCGUCGAAAAUGGAGGCGGCUCGUGGAAAUGAGGAAUUCACGGCCGUGGAAAAUAAUAACAACCGCAACAACACCAAGAUCUUGUUGAACAACAUCUCCGGCGAGGCAAGAGAAGGCGAGAUCAUGGCGGUGCUCGGUGCGAGCGGGUCGGGGAAAUCGACCCUCAUCGACGCCCUAGCCGACCGCAUCGCGAAAGAAAGCUUGAAAGGCUCGGUAUGCUUGAACGGAGAGGCCUUGGAGUCCAGAUUAUUGAAGGUGAUUUCUGCUUACGUUAUGCAAGACGAUCUCUUGUUCCCAAUGCUCACGGUUGAAGAGACUCUCAUGUUCUCGGCAGAGUUUAGGCUCCCUCGUUCGCUCUCCAAGUCAAAAAAGCGGGCGAGGGUUCAAGCUUUGAUUGAUCAGCUAGGGUUACGAAGCGCGGCAAAGACGGUGAUCGGCGAUGAAGGGCAUAGAGGAGUUUCCGGCGGAGAAAGACGGAGAGUCUCGAUCGGAAUCGACAUAAUCCACGACCCGAUCCUCCUCUUCCUCGACGAGCCGACGUCAGGGCUCGACUCAACGAGUGCGUUCAUGGUGGUGAAGGUACUCCAGAGAAUUGCCCAAAGUGGUAGUAUCAUCAUCAUGUCGAUCCACCAACCGAGCUCCCGAAUCCUCAGCUUGUUGGACCGGCUCAUCUUCCUCUCUCACGGCCAAACCGUCUAUAGCGGUUCGCCGACGAGCCUUCCUAUCUUCUUCUCUGAGUUUGGCCACCCGAUCCCGGAGAAGGAAAACCGGACGGAAUUCGCUCUAGACCUUAUUCGAGAGCUCGAGGAAACCCCCGGCGGGACCAGAACCCUAGUCGAGUUCAACAAAUCCUGCCAGAAAAUUAACAGUAAUCGGAGAGAUUACUGCAAUUCUAAUUGCACCGUUAGUCUUAAAGACGCUAUAAGUGCGAGCGUUUCCCGAGGCAAAUUAGUCUCGGGAGCGCCUCAAAAGGAUUCCACUUUUUCAUCGUCAUCAUCAUCAUCUUCCUCAUCAUCAUUUCAGACAUUUGCAAAUCCUUUCUGGAUGGAGAUGGUGGUGAUAUCCAGACGGUCGAUAACCAACUCCCGCCGAAUGCCCGAGCUUUUCGGGAUUCGGUUAGGGGCGGUGUUGGUCACCGGAGUAAUUCUCGCCACCAUGUUCUGGAAACUGGACAACUCCCCUAAAGGAGUCCAGGAGCGCCUCGGGUUCUUCGCCUUCGCGAUGUCCACCACGUUUUACACGUGCGCCGAGGCCAUCCCGGUGUUCCUCCAGGAGCGCUACAUCUUCAUGAGGGAAACCGCCUACAAUGCCUACCGCCGAUCCUCCUACGUCCUCGCCCAUUCUCUAAUCUCCAUUCCUUCACUUGUGUUUCUCUCUCUUACCUUCGCGGCAACCACCUUCUGGGCCGUGGGCCUAGCAGGUGGGCUCUCUGGCUUCUUCUUCUUCUUCUUCACCAUUCUCGCGGCGUUUUGGGCCGGUAGCUCUUUCGUCACCUUUUUAUCCGGCGUGGUAACCCACGUGAUGUUGGGAUACACCGUCGUCGUAGCGAUUUUAGCCUAUUUCCUCCUCUUCAGCGGAUUCUUCAUAAGCCGGGACCGAAUCCCAGUCUAUUGGCUUUGGUUCCACUAUAUUUCUCUUGUUAAGUAUCCGUAUGAGGGCGUUUUGCAAAACGAGUUCGAUGAUCCCGUGAAAUGCUUCAUCCGAGGGGUGCAAAUCUUUGACAACACGCCCCUCGGGCUGGUGCCGGAGUCGCUAAAGGCACAAUUGUUGAAGAGCAUGAGCAAGACACUGGGGAUGAACAUCACCGCCUCGACGUGCGUGACCACCGGAACUGACAUACUCCGGCAACAAGGGAUAACGGACAUCAGCAAGUGGAAUUGCCUAUGGAUCACCGUGGCAUGGGGGUUUUUCUUUAGAGUCCUAUUCUAUUUCACUUUGUUGUUUGGGAGCAAGAACAAGAGGAGGUGAUAUUGAGAAGGCGGGCCUUGGCACCGUGGUGGGAGCGUUUGUGUUUGUACCUGGGGUCCAGGGUUUGAAUUUCGGAGGCGGCCUCUCUUUCAGGAGGUAAGGCCGCGUACAUAUGGGAUUGAGCUUUCCUCCAAGCCUGUCAUAGUACAGGAGCCUCUUUGGCACUAGGAUCCGCCCUUUUUUUAGUUUCAAAUUGUAAGCAAUGUGUUUUUUGUUUUUUGUUUUCAGGGUCUAGAAUAUUACGACCAAAAGUAUAAUUGUUUUGCAUGCAUUGUUAAUUUAUGUGUGUUGUGAUUAGAGUACAAUGAAAAUAUUUCACUU